AUGGACUGCCCUAGAGCAACGGGUGACGAGAUCGGCAAACUGUGCAAGUUGGCAAAAAAUGAACCACAGCUUCUGGAGGAUGUGGAAUUCCUGUGGAGGUUUGCGAAGGCUUGUAUGCAUUGGGGAAAUUCGAUGGAAAAGAAAGAUCCUAGACGAAAACAGCUAAUAUAUGAAGGAUUGGACUAUGCACUAAAAGGUUAUGGAAAAGACGAAAAUAAUUUUGAGGCUUUGCGAUGGACAGCUGUACUUUGCGGAGCAACAACAGACUAUCUUGGCAUUAAGGAGCGGAUAGAAACAGCCAAAAAAUUCAAAGGCUAUCUGGAUAUAGCACUAGGAAGGCAGCCUACAGAACAUGUAUUACUGCACCUUCGCGGCAGAUUCAGCUACGAAAUGGCAAGUCUUUCCUGGGUCGAGAAAAAAGUUUGCAGCACAAUAUUUUCUAAGGUGCCGGAGCGCACUUUCGAUCAAGCGCUGGAUGACUUCUUGGAAGCGGAUAAGAACGCUCCUACCGAGUGGCCUGAAAAUAAAUUGUAUGUGGCCAGGUGUUACUGCAAAAAGAAGGAGAAGAAGUUUGCAACGGAAUAUCUGAAGGCAGUUGAAGAUUUACAAAAACACGAUGAAUCGGUAAAAGAGGGUAUAGAAGAUGUCCGCUCUAUGAUCGCCAAAAUUUAA